AUGACAAUGUUUAACUAUAUCAUUAUUGGAGCUGGUCCAGCCGGUUUAUCAGCCAGUUAUGGAUUACGUGUACACCAUGAAAGUAACUACUUAUUGAUCGAUAGUGGUGAUGGCCUAUCGGAACGUGCACUGUCUAAUGACAGAACCCAUAUUGGAGGUAUCGGUGGAGCUGGGCUUUUCUCUGAUGGUCAUUUCGUGUUUUACCCUGCUGGUAAUAGACUUUGGUUGCUUGACCAUGAAUGCUUGAGAAUGAGCCACAACCAAUUAGCGACCAUGUUUCAAGGUAUUCUCACCAUUCCAGUCUUUCCAUCCGAUCUCAGUAUCAAAGCUGCCGGCAAGGUUACAACAGUCAACGGUAUUUUGGGCUGUCACGCUGACAUGGCAUUGAGUGUUGCAACAUCACUGACAACUUGGUUCAAUACUAUCCAAAACAGCGAUGAACAAAAUAGCAUUAAUGCCGAAAAACGAAAGCAAAAGAAGCAAUCCGCUUUCCAUUUAACACUCGAACAGCGCAUGGCUCUCAUUGCUUCAAUUCACCAAGGUAUUAAACCGAAUCAGCUCUCCUUAAACACCGAACUGUGUCGAGUUGAAUCAGCAACAGACAAUACUUACAUUUUACAUUGUAAAAAAAAUGGACAUGACAUUGAAUUUCGCUGUAAAAAUCUCAUUCUUAGCGGUGGUCGAUUCUUUCCAAUGGUUUCUCAAUCGUUUGCCAUGGUGAAACAUCUUUUCAAGCAAGUGGAAGUUGGUGUACGCAUUUGUGGUCCUGCCAACGACAGUUUAUUUUCUUCUUCAACGCAGGUCACUUCUAAGGUUAUGCCAACAGCCGAUGCAAACCUGGAGUAUCGAACAUUUUUUUGGUGUCGUAACGGAGAAUGUGCAGUGAUCGAACAAGAUGGCAUAGCAGCUUAUUAUGGUUCUUCUGAAUGUAUGCCAACAUCAGAAAGCAAUUUCGGUUUCAAUGUUUGUUUUAAGAAUAGCGAUGCUCAAACCUUAUUAAAACAAGUUAAGCAUACACGCCCAUUUGAAUUAAGACUUGCUGAAAUGGACAAACUGAGCGACAUAUAUGGUGACGUCGGUACACAUCUUGCUACAGGCAUUGAAUCGUUCCUCUCAAGCUUAAAUAAGGAUACAAAUUUAGAUCGACAAAUGUUUAUACUCAAAGGACCAACAGUAGAAGCCAUAGGAAGCUAUCCACUACUGGAUCAACAUUUGAAAGUACCUGGAGAAAACAUUUGGUAUGCAGGGGAUGCGACAGGCGUAUUUCGUGGAAUAAUACCAUCCAUGUUAAGUGGCCUUUUUGUCGUGAAUCAGGCGAAACAUUUUAUCUAA